UUGUCUUGCUCUCUGGGUUGAUAUUCUUUAUUGAUAUAUGCACUAACGAAUAUGCAAGACAAUUCUGGGUUGAUAUUCUAUAUAAAAAAAAGUGAAUGAAGCUUGGGAAACUUGAUCCUUGAAUAUGAAUGUCUUAGAAAGAUCCUUCAAAUUAGAAUUUGUAUGAGUUGACCUCCCAAAUAUGCCUUCUCUAUUUACAAAAAUUUGCCAAUAGGUGUUUCUCUCCCACUUUUUAUCUUUUAGAAUUCAGCUUUCAAUUUCCUUUUACUAGAAAAGUCAAGUCCGAAUUGAAUACGGCAUUUACCACUGUCCCUCUGUAAACAGUGGAAUAAUCUCUUUUCCAGUAGUUAUCUUCCAAUGAGUUUUUCUAAGUUUAGCUUUUGUGAUAUACAAACAUUAAUCUUUGAUGCACAUGAUUUAUCACUAGGUUCAGUACUUCCAUUUCUUGCUUUAUCUCCAUCUCUCUUUAUGUUUAGUGUGUGUAUACAUCUUCAAUUUCCCUUAAACCCUAGACUCACUUGAGAAGUCAGGAGUUUCUGAAAGCCCUCAACUUCAACAAUUUCUACUACUGCAGUGCAACUUGGGAACUUGUAGAAGAUAUGAAGAGGAGGGUUCUACUUAUAUGUAUUGGAGUAGGUUUUCUAGGGGUCCUAGCUGCUGCACUAGGAUUCGGUGCAGAAUCUGAGAGGAUCAAGGAAUCUGAGAUUAAUUUUAUCGAUCCUGGCAAAUGUACAUACCCGAGGACCCCAGCUUUCGCCCUCGGAUUGACUGCAUUUUUUGUUCUUAUAGUUGCUCAUGCAAUUAUCAAUGCUUCAGCUGGCUGUAUUUGUUGUAACAAACUAUCUGGUGCUUGGGUUACAUUCUGUGCUGUCUUUUCCUGGUUAAUGUCUGCUCUAGCUUCUAUUCUAUUACUUGCAGGAUCGCUUCUGAAUGAUCGACACACUGUGGAUGAGAGGUACUCUGUUGACUUCUGUUACGAAGUUCUUAGGCCUUGGAUAUUUGCAAAAGGUGCAAUAUUGGGUCUUAUAAGUGUUACCUUUGGGGUUCUAUAUUACCUCAACAUAUCUUUAAUCAAAAACAGGAACCAAAUGGGGACCCCUAGCAAUACUGAUAAUCAUGGAAAUAUCGCGAUGACCCAACCUCAAGUCCCAGCUCAAAUGACUCAACAACCAGUAUUCGUUCCUGAAGAAACGUACAAUCGGCGGCAAUUCGUGUAACAACUUUGUGGCAAUCAAUAGUAAAUUAGUCAUUUCAUUAUGUCUAUGUCUAUAAUAUCCACAACAUAUAGUCAUAUAAUCAUAUACAUGGGUCUCAGCAACGGCUCGAAGAAUAAAGCAAGUUUUCAUUUGAAUUCAAUGCUGUGCACAGGAUGAUAUAAAUAGUACCCAAAAAUAGCGUCACUGUUUUCUUCUUUUCUUUCCUUUUGCUAUUUUUGGUGUUUUCCUAUGACAGAUCUUACAGACAUGUAUCUGACAAAUUUUACUGCAUCUGUUGCUCUGACGAUUUAAAGAUUUGUGGUUACAGGUUUUCAUAUGCA